GAUUUGUUUGGAACAUCGACACAGGAGCAGAGGAUCAUGAGGUACGUAGUUUUAGUAUUUCUCUUCGCCGCACACCACUGCGUUUCUAGUCCACCCAGUCGGUCCAAUGCAGCCCAUGAACGGACCGAUGUCGGAGCACCAACCAGCGAAGAAGUCUCGAAACGGUAUUACGUUUUCAACAGCCGUGGCGUAACGUUUUUCGAGGCCUGGAGACUCUGUCAGAGCGUUGGCCAUCGAUUAGCGACAAUCACCAACCAGAACGACACCCGUUCGGUGGAGGCAGCCAUUCAAGCUUCGAGCAACUCCAAAGGACCCUGGUGGAUCGCAGGCACCGAUCUCGGCAAUGAAGGAGUGUUUGUCUGGAUUUCCACCAACCAGCCGGUGGGCUUCCGAACGGGAUACUCAGAUUACGCACCCAAUCAACCGGAUAAUGCUGGCGGAAACGAGCACUGUCUGGAAAUUGGGCAUGACGGUGGAACGUGGAAUGAUGCAGCGUGUGAUGCGAAGCACCGAUACAUUUGUGAGCAUGGCGGAUGAGUGCGCGACUUAAAUUAUAAAGAAAUCACAUUAUUAUUGAAAGACGUAUGAUCAUAGUUAUGAUUGAAGGACACGAAGGAACAAGAACAUUUAUUUAAACUGUGUUCUUCCUUUCUUUUGCACGUCGAUCGCUUGCCGUCGAUGAAAUCAAACGCACCGUGAUUGCCUACUUCCAGGCGCUUUUCCCUCAAGGUACGUCGCGAGGACAAUGAUGUAUAGGGUGCGCCGUCUAAAGUACCGUUUUUCAUUUGGUUUUGAAAUAAAACCGGAUGAAUAUUUUUCGAUGCUUGAA